ACAGCGCUAGGCGUGCGUCACGGCGCGGCACUAUCCUCAGCGCGGCUCUGGUCUCCAUAGUUACGGGAAUUCGCGUCCCUGUCGCUUGUCACUGUCAUUACUAAUGGCCCACGGUGACGUCACUAGUAGGCGCCAGUUCUUUCCUCAGCCGGCGGGAUGUCUGAGUGCAGCCUGGAGGAACUUUCUGCUGCUUGGAACACCUUGAGCGUCGGCCUUGUACCGACCUCCGCCUUGGGCCUGGCAGCACCAAGACCAACUACGGGUGAGUCUGUAGUCGAAGCUGAUCUUAAAACCGCUCUAGAAGUCUUGCACCUCUAUGACCUGCAUUCCAUGGUAGAAGAAUGGUUUACCGAAGUUUUGCAAAUGGACCUUCAGCGAAACAUUGCCCCAGAGUUCUGGAAUGGCAUCAACCAGCAUGAAAAUGCUGUAGAAGAGGAGCAAUGUGUUGUGCUUUUACUGGAUGCGUUUCGCCUCCUCAUGUCCCGUUUGGACCCCUAUCUGCGAAGCCUGGAUAUUCUUGGGAGAUGGAUAGACACAGGUUUGCUGGUCUCCUCGGACUCUCAGAUGCUGCGGGACAAAGUCUACACCAUGUUCAAGGCCAUCCUUUUCUUUUCCACCUCUAAGAACUUCCAGGACAUGAUCCAGCAGUUCUACAGUCGCACAUUUAAGAUUUACAUGAAACAGAAGAAGAAAGCAGAUGACAGCGGCAGUGACUGUGACAGCAGCAUGAAUGAGAAUGAGCGUGAGAGCGACUCAGACGACAGAGGAGGAGAUGAUGCAGAGUGUCCUGGCUGUCAGAGCAACAGAGAUCAGUGUUGGUGCCUCUGUGCUAUGGAACAGUUUCAGCAACUCAGCAAUAUUUUUCACAGGCUAAAUCUGCUGGAGAGAGUCUGCUCAGAUGCAGUCACCACCAUUUUGCAUAAGAUGAUCGAGGAGAGGAUGGAAAAGAAAUGCCGUGGGGAGUAUGAGAGAUCCUUCCUUGGUGAAUUUCAGGAGUGGAUCGAGAAGGUGAUUGGUUGGCUCAGCAAGGUAUUCCUGCAGGAUGGAACCGUCCCACCCACUACGCCAGAGACCAGCUGUACCCUGAAACGCUGGCGCUGCCAUGUACAACGUUUCUUCUACCGUCUCUAUGCCAGUAUGCGCAUUGAGGAGCUCUUCAACAUAAUCAGAGACUUUCCAGAAUCCAAGCCUGCCAUUGAAGAUUUAAAGUUUUGCUUGGAGAGAACAAAUCAGAGGCAGCAGCUGCUAACUUCACUGAAGAACGCUCUGGAAACCCGACUGCUGCACCCCGGAGUGAAUACAUCUGACAUUAUCACCCUGUAUAUAUCGGCCAUUAAAGCAUUGCGAGAGUUGGAUCCUUCUAUGGUUAUUCUUGAGGUUGCUUGUGAGCCCAUAAGGAAGUAUUUGAGGACAAGAGAGGAUACUGUCCGGCAGAUUGUUGCUGGGUUAACUGGGGAUGCAGAAGGUUCUGCCGACCUGGCUAAUGAGCUUUCCAAGGCAGACCCUGUCUUGGAGAAUGGGCAGGAGAGCGAUGAUGAUGUGUCUGAAGCGGAGGAUUGGAUGCCAGAUCCUGUAGAUGCUGACCCAGGCAAAAGCAGCUCAAAGCGUAGAUCUUCUGACAUCAUCAGCCUCCUGGUCAGUAUCUACGGCAGCAAAGAGCUUUUUAUUAAUGAGUACCGCACCCUCCUUGCUGAAAGGCUCCUUCACCAAUUCAAUUACAGUUCAGAAAGAGAAAUUCGCAAUGUGGAACUGCUCAAGCUGAGGUUUGGAGAGGCCCAGAUGCACUACUGCGAGGUUAUGCUGAAGGACAUGGCAGACUCCCGCAGAAUUAACACUAACAUACGUGAUGAGGAGGAGAAGUUGCCAGAGGAAGAACGGCCACCAUUUAAUGUAGUUGCUGUGAUUCUGUCCAGUGAGUUUUGGCCGGCACUGAAAGAAGAGAAAUUAGAGCUUCCCGAUGAGAUAAAAGAAGCCAUGGAUAUAUACACCAAGAAAUAUGAGAAACUGAAGGCCAUGCGCACUCUGAACUGGAAGCACCACCUUGGGUUAGUGGUUCUGGAUGUGGAACUGGCUGACCGGACCCUGUCUUUCCCAGUGUCUCCUGUGCACGCAGCCAUUAUCUUGCAUUUCCAGAAUAAAAGCAUGUGGACUCUAGAUGAACUAAGUGAAGUCCUGAAGGUCCCUGUAGUUUCUCUUAAGAAGAAAAUGACCUUCUGGCUUCAACAUGGCGUCCUCCGUGAGGAUCCUCCAGGCACAUUCACAGUGAUCGAGGAAGAGCAAAAGGAUCGGGCUGAGAAAGUGGUGUUAAUAGACAGUGACGAGGAGGGUGAUUCUGCCAUGGCGUCACAGGCUGACCAGAAGGAGGAAGAGAUGCAGCUGUUUUGGACUUAUAUCCAGGCCAUGCUGACUAACUUGGAGAGCUUGCCCCUGGAACGGAUUCACACCAUGCUCAAAAUGUUUGUCAUGACUGGUCCCGUGGUCACAGAGAUCGAUAUUCAGGAACUGCAAAGCUUCCUGCAGAAGAAAGUUAGUGAUCACCAGUUGGUUUACUCUGGAGGUGUCUAUCGACUGCCGAAGAACUCCAGCUAAUAAUUUGUGGUUCUGCUACACCCACAAACAUACCCACCUUAUACCUCCUGGUUCUGUAUCGUGUACAGAUGAGGGCAGUGAAGACUUCACCUUCCCUCCUUUUGCUCCAGAGGGGAUGUAUAACUUCACAGAAACAUCACAAAAAUCCUAUUUUAAGACCUGUGGAUUUACCCAGGAACUGGGGGGAAGCAGGUGUUGGGAUGUCUUCUUCACACCUCCAUUCCACUAUUAAAGGAACAGUUCAGUGUAGAAAUAAAAACUGGGUAAAUAGAUGGUAUGUGCAAAAUGGACUUACUCGGAAUUAGUCAGUGACUUGAAGGGGGGCCACAUGGAACAUAAUUGUUCAGUGAGUUUGCAGCUCAGAUUUAAAAGCAAACAGUUGUGACUAGGGUUGCCACCUGGCCAGUAUUUUACCAACUUGACCAGU